GACACUCCCAUUACCCACUCCGGGGACACGAUUUGGUCCACUCUCUCCUCACUUUCUGUCUUUCUCCCUCCAUUACUUCCCCUCCACCAGCUCCACUCUCUCCUUAUUCUCUCAAUUUUUAACUUCAAUUUGAAUUCCUAAAGUCUUACUUUUCUUUUUCUACAUUGUUUCCAAAAAGACCUUCAAUUUCAAAAAAAUAAACCUUUGAUCGUUGAUUCAACAAUCAUUUCAUCCAUCAUUCAUUCAUUCUGCUUUUAAUUCGAAAAAUAGAAUUUUGAAAAUGGCGAAUAACAGUGGAAAUUGGAAUCAUUCGAGAAAUGGAUCAACAAAAACCUCCAUUAAAACUCAAUAUUCAUCCAUGAAUUUAAACCCUAAAUCUUCUCUUUCUUCUUCUUCUUCCUUCAAAUCUAAGACUUUAUCUUCUUCUACUACCUCUUCUCUUCGCCGUAGUUCCCCCGCUUCUCUCUCCUCCGCCAAAAACGACGCCGCUGUUAUGGGAAGAGUACGAGUUGCUGUGAGAUUACGACCUAGGAACUCGGAGGAAUUGGUUGCAGAUGCUGAUUUUGCAGACUGUGUGGAGCUACAACCAGAGCUAAAGAGAUUAAAGCUUCGCAAGAACAACUGGGAUUCAGAUACUUAUGAGUUUGAUGAGGUUCUGACCGAAUUCUCAUCCCAAAAACGUGUUUACGAGGUUGUGGCGAAACCUGUCGUUGAGAGUGUUUUGGAUGGAUAUAACGGAACAAUCAUGGCGUAUGGACAAACUGGUACUGGCAAAACAUACACACUAGGCCAACUUGGAGAGGAAGAUACAGCUGGUCGUGGGAUUAUGGUGCGGGCAAUGGAGGAUAUUUUAGCCGGUAUACGCCUGGAGACUGAUUCUGUUUUGAUUUCCUAUUUUCAGCUGUACAUGGAGACAAUACAGGAUUUACUUGAUCCUAGUAAUGACAACAUCUCCAUCAUGGAAGACCCAAAGUCUGGAGAUGUUUCACUGCCUGGUGCUACUUGUAUUGAAAUCAAGGAUCAAAAGAGUUUCCUAGAGCUUCUAAGAUUAGGGGAAGCACAUCGAUUUGCUGCUAAUACUAAGAUGAAUACCGAAUCUUCUCGUAGUCAUGCAAUCUUGAUGGUACAUGUGAGAAGGUCUGUCAAGGAAAGGGAUUUAGCUUUAUCGAGUGACAAUGGAAAUAGUUCUCAUGUUAAAACCCUCAAACCUCCAGUUGUUCGAAAGGGAAAACUUGUAGUAGUUGACCUUGCAGGUUCUGAGCGUAUUGACAAGUCAGGAAGUGAUGGUCAUACCCUUGAAGAAGCUAAAUCUAUAAAUCUCUCCUUGAGUGCUUUAGGAAAGUGCAUUAAUGCUCUUGCAGAAAAUAGUGCGCAUGUUCCAGUUCGUGACUCAAAGCUUACUCGAUUACUUCGAGAUUCAUUUGGAGGCACGGCAAGAACAUCAUUGGUUAUCACGAUUGGGCCAUCCCCACGCCACCGAGGCGAAACAGCAAGCACCAUAAUGUUUGGCCAGAGGGCUAUGAAGGUGGAAAACAUGUUGAAAAUAAAGGAAGAAUUUGAUUACAAAAGUUUGUCAAGAAAGCUUGACAUACAACUAGACAAAUUAAUGGCAGAAAGUGAAAGGCUGCAAAAAGCAUUUGAAGACAGGAUUGAUGAGAUAGAGAAGAAGGCACAAAGUCGUGUCGCUGAUGCUGAAAGGAAGUAUGCUGAUGCUUUGGAGAAAGAGAGACAGAAAUACCAAAAAGACUACAUGGAGGCGGUAAAGAAGCUUGAGGAGCAAUGGGCAAUUAAUCAGCGAAAGCAAAGUAAUGAAGCUAGUACAUCUGGUGCUAAACAUGAUUCGUCAGAUAUAUUAUCUACACGAGAGGUCUCUGCUGCUGAAGAAGUUGCUGAGGUGAGAAGGUUGCUUCAGAGUGAAACACUUCUGAGGAAGGCUGCUGAGGAGGAGGCAGCCAAUCUUAGAACUCAGCAGGUGCAGUCAAAGAGGCUAGAAGCAGCUUCAAGUUCUGAAAUAUUGAAGCUUCAUGAAAUGUUGAAGAAUGAGGCCAAUCAGAGAGAGAAACUUGAACGUGAGAUAGCAAUGCUACAAGGGCAAUUGUUGCAGUUAAGCUUUGAAGCUGAUGAGACUAGAAGAAGACUUGACAAUGGGACAUCCAAAGCUCAUAGUGAUGUUGAUACUCAAGUGUCUCAAGUGCAGCCACAAACGAAUGAUGCAGGAAGUGAGGAUAGGGGUUCGAUAGCCAAACUCUUUGAGCAAGUUGGUUUGCAGAAGAUAUUGUCAUUGCUUGAAGCGGACGAUGCUGAUGUACGGAUUCAUGCUGUGAAAGUUGUUGCAAAUUUGGCUGCAGAAGAAGCAAACCAGGAGAAGAUUGUAGAGGCGGGUGGUCUUACUUCCUUGCUAAAUCUUCUUAGAAGCUCUGAGGAUGAGACUAUAUACCGAGUUGCUGCUGGUGCUAUUGCGAAUCUAGCAAUGAAUGAAACCAACCAAGAGCUCAUAAUGGCCCAAGGAGGUGUGGGUUUACUAUCAGUAACUGCCACUAAUGCAGAGGAUCCUCAAACCCUUCGCAUGAUUGCUGGAGCAGUUGCGAAUCUUUGUGGCAAUGAUAAAUUGCAGGCCAAGCUCAGAGGUGAAGGUGGUAUUAAGGCUUUGAUGGGGAUGGUCAGAUUUGGACAUCCUGAUGUCCUUGCUCAAGUUGCUCGGGGCAUUGCAAACUUUGCAAAAUGUGAAUCCAGGGCAUCAACUCAGGGGUAUAGAACUGGAAAAUCUCUGCUGAUUGAGGAUGGUGCACUCCCUUGGAUUGUACAGAAUGCCAACAAUGAAGCAUCUUCAAUUAGGCGGCACAUUGAAUUGGCGCUCUGCCACCUUGCUCAACAUGAGGCAAAUGCAAAGGACAUGAUUAGUGGGGGUGCCCUGUGGGAACUGGUUCGUAUAUCACGUGAUUGUUCUCGUGAGGAUAUUAGGAGUCUUGCACCGACACUUGGUUCUAGUCCCACUUUCUUAGCUGAGCUGAAGCGGCUGCAUGUGGACUGCUAAUAUCUGCCUCGUAAAUAUAUUCAAUAUGGACAACAGAAGCUUAGGAGUGUAUAGUGGAUUUAGGUAGGAGUAUUGCCUUUUCUUACCAUUUUAUUCUUCCUUAAUUAUUUUGGCUUGUUGAUUUAUCCUUAUUACUCGAGCAAUCGACUUUUUCCUUAUUUAGGAAAAAACAUUAGAUAGAUAGGAUUAUAUAACGCCAGUAUCAUAGUGAUCUGGGGCAACUUGAUUUUUUGUAAAGAACGAGCGUGGCUAUGGGUUUGCAGUGCGUGAUUUAGCCAAAAUCAUUCAUAGGUAGUUUUUUGGAAAAACUUGAGCUGAGGAGCUGGUGUUUAGUGUGGCCUUUCAGGCUUCAAAGUUGUAACUGAUGUGCUGUAUAAAAUGAUGAGGAAUUGCUGUUAUGAUUAGUCUGGCAUUGUCAA